AUGAGUUCUCCAGCACUUGGUCGGCUCAUGCCGACACUCUCAAGCUUGGCCACAAAAAGAAUUGUCGUGCCGCGGUCCUCAGUCAAAUCUCAGCUAGGUCAAUGGAUGUACCCUGCUGCAAGGUCAUUUUCUGCGAGACCUGCCUUAUUCGUGAAGAAAUACACCGAAGACCAUGAGUGGAUAGAGCUAGACAGCGACGGCAAGACAGGAACCAUAGGCAUUACCGAGUAUGCAGCCAAGGCCCUGGGAGAUGUCGUCUACGUCGAACUUCCUGAACUUGGCAUGGAAGUGACCAAAGGCGACACGAUCGGCGCAGUCGAAUCCGUCAAGUCUGCCUCCGAUAUCAUGACUCCUGUGUCAGGCAAAAUCUCGGACCAUAACAAGCUGUUGGAGGAGAAGCCAGGAACGAUCAAUAAGAGCCCGGAGUCCGAGGGCUGGCUAGCGAAGAUCGAAGUCAGUAAUCUGAAUGAGCUCGACAGUCUGAUGAGCAAAGAGGACUACGAUAAAUUUGAGAAAGAAUGA